AUGCGCCGCCAGAGAAACGGCGUGAGCCCGCGCUGGGCCGCGCUGGUGGCGCUGGCGGUGGUGCUGGGAGCGCGGGGCGCGGUCGCCAGCGAGAGGACGACGGGAUUAUCUUCUUCCGCACGUUCGGUAGAUCCGAGGACGAGGCCCGGCGGGGGUCUGCACCACGACGAGCAGCUCGCGUGCUCCGGAUGCUCCGUGCUGACCCGGCGGCUCCUUCACCACCUCGAUCGCCCCCCGCGGGACGACAUCUCGCGCACCGUGACCGAACCCGACCCGAACGACCCAACAUCCACGGUGGAGGUGCCCUACGUCCGAUCCGAGCGGUUCCUGCACGACGCGAUGCGACGCACCUGCGGCGACCGCUCCCUGUCCACGAUCACGCGCCACACCACGUGGCUCGGCGACGUCACCUAUCGCCCCGACGACGUGCCGUGGGGAGACCCGACGCACGCGGACCCGGCGGUGGACGCUGAUCUCGAGCUCAUGUGCAAGCGGCUGAUGCAGCACUACCGCCCGGAGCUCGAGGAUGCGAUGGCUCGACGGGAGCCGUGGACGGCGUGCAAAGCGUUGGGGUGCGAGGACGUGGACGCGUCGGUGCUGGACGCCAUCGCGCACGCGAUCGCGCGGCUCAUCUUGAAGCCGUGGCUGGCGCUCAAGUUGGCGCCCGUGGCGUUGGCUGCUUUCGUCUUCCCGUGGCUCUGGCGGCCGAUGUUCUUCCCGCCGAGGGACCCCGAGAGGAUAGCGAUGAAGCCCGGGGAGGUGGAGAGGAUGAUCGAGCGCGCGCAGGCGAGCGCGGGGCUGGAUCCCAUCAGCGCGCUGAAGGCGGAGUAG